AUGAUUACUAGUCAUGAUUUUCCGGUACGCCACGCCUUCCUAUAUAAAAUGCAAGUUCAAAGUCAUGCAAUCCCUAAUGCCGCAGUUGAAACCGGAGACAUGCGACGGAAUAAUAUCUACUUUUUAACAACUAUUGCGCUAUUCUUAUUUGUAACAUCAAGUUUUGGAUAUCAGGAUUUUCAGGUCACGUUUGAAAACUCAAAAACCUCAAACCAGAUUGAUGCCUUAUCUAGAGAAAAACGGCAACUAGAAGAAUUUGAAAAUGACUACCCUACACCCUCAGCUCAGGAAGCGGAAGAGGAGCCAGGAUUCUGGGAUAGAGUAGUAAAAGUAGCAAUAAAAUUGUUCAGUAGAUUUAUUGAAUGGUUGAACUCAUCUUAACACAUAUUUUUAUCAUAUUUAUUAAACUACUUUACAGAAACCUUGUUUAUAGCUAAAGCAUGUAAAUUUGUAACAUAAAAUAACAAACAUCUUAUUAAGUUGCAUUAUUUAGACAAAACUGAAUUGAUCACAUUUAAAGUAAUACAUCUGGUUUUAUCAUCAUCUGGGUAUAAUUCUUUACCUAAAAUCCAUAACUUACAGCAUACUACUGCUAAAGAAAUCAAUAAUAACUCUUCAAUAUUUAAUCAAACUGAACAGCCAAUCAUGGUCAAAUUGGUCUCAAGCACUCCUGCCACCCAUAGCCUAGAGAUUUUGAUUAAGCUACUUUUGGUACAUAAAGUAUGUACCCUUUAUAAACCUUUUUUAAAUAUGAAAUUGUAAUAUUAUAGGUAAUAUUAGUUACUUAAAUAUCUUAGUACCUAAUAAUAUAAUCUGUCAUUAUUCUGUAAUAGUGCUUAUCUGGUUGGAUGUAAAAACUUGACAGGGAUAUUACUUUUAGACUUGUCAGUUUAGUUUACAAAUUUGUGUACAACAGCACGGGCAUAACCAGCUUCUGGGCAAGUGCGAUUUUUUUUAG